AUGUAUUUCUCAAACUUGCUCCGCGUGUUCACUCUGCACCUCGCUCUGGCCUAUUCAAGUGCAUCCAACUGCCCCGCCCCAGACGGCGGCGGAGGCUGCGGCGCCUACGACGCCUGCAUCGGAACCGAGACCUGCGUGACCAAAACCUUCACAACCCCCGUGUCCACAGUCGUGACCACCUGCGUACCAACCCCAACCUGCAUCGGCGUCUACGCACAGGACAAUGUGAGUCCGGCACCAGCAUCUGCUGUUCCGGAUACUGCGCGGCCACUCGCUGCCGCAGCACCGAUAGUGACUGGCCGAAUUGCUCUGAGGAUUUGGGACCCUGCAUUGCGGAUGAGAACUGCUGCUAUGGGAAUACGUGUGAUCAGGGGCUUUGUGUGCGUGGGUAGAUUCCUGUAG